GUUAGUUAGUGAUAAGAAGUUGAAGUGAUAACAUUAUGCUCUUGUAAAUGUAUACAUAUAGGAAAAUUAUGAAGAUAUUAUUGGGAACAGCAUGUGUCUUGUGUUUAUUAUUCAGAGCAAGAGCUGAUGGCAUUGGUAAAUAUAAAUUUACCGAAGAUUUCUUGUUUGGGAUUGCAUCUAGUGCUUAUCAAAUUGAGGGAGGAUAUAAAGAGAAUGGUAAAGGUGAAAAUAUAUACGAUCACUAUACUAAAACUGAUCAUAAGAAAUUUUAUAACGGUAGUAAUGGAAAUAUAGCAUGCGAUUCUUUUCGUAAAUGGAGAACUGAUGUGAAGCUUCUUAAAGAAUUAGGAGUUCACUUUUACAGAUUUUCGAUUUCUUGGUCCAGAAUACUACCAAGCGGGUACGCCAACAAUAUUAAUGGGGAUGGUUUGAGAUAUUAUAAUGAUCUGAUCAACGAAUUAAUUGAGCAUGAUAUUCAACCUAUGGUAACAAUGUAUUACAAUGAUCUACCAAUGACUCUUCAACAACUUGGAGGAUGGACUAACCCAUAUAUGGCUUACUACUUUGAAGAUUAUGCCAGAAUCUUAUUCAGCUACUUUGGAGAUAGAGUGAAACUUUGGAUAACGAUGGAUACUUCCCAAAAAGGAUACGGAGACGAUAAUUAUCCUCCAUAUUUGAAUCAACCCGGCAUUGCCAAUUAUCUAUGUCAACAUGUUAUGCUUUUAGCACAUGCGAAAGCUUACCACUUGUAUGAUGAUGAAUUUCGGACUAUUCAAAAAGGAAAAGUUGGUAUCGCUAUCAAUUCAACAUGGUACGAACCUGGAAGUUUCUCUCCCGAAGAUAUUGCAGCCGCUGAGACAGCUCGUGAAUUCAAGAUUGGAUCUUUGAUGAACCCUAUUUUCCAUACUGAUGGAAACUAUCCAAAAAUUGUAUCAGAGCGGGUAGACAAUGUAAGUAAAAGUGAAGGUUACCUUCAAUCUAGGAUGCCCAGUUUACUGCCUCAAGAAGCAGAUUACAUACAAGGCACAUACGAUUUUGCUGGUUUGAAUAUAUAUACUACUUAUUUGGUCAAGCAAGGUUAUACUGGAAAUAACAUCACUUCCUUAAAUAAAGAUGCAAAUGUUACGUUCUAUCAAGAUCCGGAAUGGACUAAAACCAAUUCUGAUUGGUUGAGAGUUGUGCCCGAAGGAGCUAGAAAGGUAUUGAAGUGGGUCAAGGACAAAUAUGAUGAUCCAGAAAUUUUCAUUACCGAAAAUGGUUUCCCUGACACGGGAGAGAUAAAUGAUGUUAAGAGAAUACAAUAUCUCCAAAAAUAUUUGAAAGCCAUAUUAGAGUCCAUACAUGAAGAUGAAGUUAAUAUUAAAGGAUAUACGGUAUGGAGUUUCAUGGAUAGUUUUGAAUGGACGGCAGGAUAUAGUGAAAAAUUCGGCUUGUAUAGUGUAGAUUUCUCCGACCCUGACAGGAAGAGAAAACCCAAGAAGUCGGCCUCUUGGUAUAAGAAAGUGAUAAAAGAAAGACGUGUCGUGGACUUGAAGGAGGUGACAAGCAGUCUUAAAGGAUGAUUAUAAGAGCAUUUUUGUGUCCUCCCGGAACACGUACUUUAACGAAAGGUAGGUCAGGAAUGACAUUUUUAAUGCCAUUGUUCCAGUUAUUUGGUAUUGAAAAAAUUUAAUAUGUAUUAUAAAUUGUAAGUUAUUUGAUGAAAAACAUUCUGUAUUCUUGUAAAUAAAAAGAUGAAUCAUGA